AUGGGCCAGUUACUACGAAACUCUCCAAUCCUCAGGUCGGCCAUUGAAUCAUUGCUCCUAGCGUAUAAGAGACACACAUGGCUAAUGAUUAGAGGAAUAGGUCACAGCGUUCUCCGAGAGUUGAACCACUGGGUUCAGGAAACAUGCCCCAAUCCUGAUAAGCCGGAGGAUAUGGCGGACCUGGCGAGGAAGUGCUACGAGGAACGCAAAAGAAACGGUGGAGUGUUCCAUAUGCUGAACGAAGCUACCAAGCAGGGCAUUAUGUCUUCCAAAGUGUCUGAGCAGUUAUGUAACCCGCUUUACAAGAUCCGGAAACAUAUUACUAUGUGCUUAAACUUGAUCGAUGCGAGAAUGUCGCUCACGGAGGACUUCAAGCAUGGUGCCGUGGUGAAACCAGUUCGUGUCCCUGCCCGACACCUUGACAGAACUGAAUGGAGAUUUUCCUUUGAUAGCAUUACAACUCAUAUAUUCCGGAGUGAAAGUGAGAAGCAGACAUUUUACGGCCACGUUGAUCUUUUCCAUGACCAUGAGCCCGCUACUCGAGAAAAGAAAUCCAUACAUUGGCUGUAG